GUUAUGAUUACCUGCUUGCGUGGUUCAGUGGUUCAAGGACAUUUUUGGGUUUAAAAAAUCCCUUAUUACUCCUAAAGUUUCUAAAUGAUUAGGAUAAUUUAAAUAAAUUUUUUAAAAGCUUAUUUCUAAUAUAAUCAUGGGUGGUCUUUUAAAAGUAAAAGGGCUGCGUAUGUCAUCCCAAAAACAAGAAACGCUUUUAAAAUUAACAAUACUAUCCAUGGCUGCAGUUUUGUCUUUUGCUACCCGUUUAUUCUCAGUAUUGAGAUUCGAAAGUGUUAUCCAUGAGUUUGAUCCUUAUUUUAAUUAUCGGACGACUAAAUUUCUAGUGGAAGAAGGUUUUUAUAAUUUUUACAAUUGGUUUGACGAUCGCGUUUGGUAUCCUCUUGGCAGGAUAAUAGGAGGAACCAUUUAUCCUGGACUAAUGGUAACAUCAGGAGCCUUGUACCAUUUAGCAAGAUUUUUAAAUAUUACAAUAGAUAUAAGAAAUGUCUGUGUCUUCCUUGCUCCUUUAUUUUCAAGUUUGACAACAAUUGUUACAUACUUGCUCACUAAGGAAUUACGGGAUUCUGCUUCAGGAUUAUUGGCAGCGUCUAUGAUUGCCAUUGUUCCUGGAUAUAUAUCUCGUUCCGUUGCAGGCUCAUAUGAUAAUGAGGGAAUUGCAAUAUUUUGUAUGCUUUUCACUUACUAUAUGUGGAUUAAAGCUGUUAAAACAGGAGCUAUAUUUUGGUCAACGUGUGCAGCACUUGCGUACUUUUAUAUGGUUUCAUCUUGGGGAGGAUAUGUCUUUUUAAUUAAUCUCAUUCCUCUUCAUGUAUUGACGUUGAUGGUAACUGGCAGAUUCACGCACAGAAUUUACGUUGCCUACAGCGUUUUGUAUUGUCUAGGAACAAUUCUCUCAAUGCAAAUUCCAUUUGUUGGAUUUCAACCAGUUCAAAGUUCAGAACAUAUGCUGGCAAUAGGAGUUUUCGGCUUAUGUCAGAUUCACGCUUUGGUGGAUUAUUUACGUAGCAAACUCUCUGAAACUGACUUUGAAAUACUUUUCCGUGGCCUUGUUGUUUCUACUGUGAGUGUAUCUCUCGUACUUGGUGCAAUUUUGACUUUUACUGGUAAAAUAUCUCCCUGGACUGGUCGAUUUUAUUCCCUUUUGGAUCCUUCUUAUGCUAAGAAUCACAUUCCAAUUAUUGCCUCUGUUUCGGAACAUCAGCCAACCUCAUGGAGUUCAUUCUACUUUGACUUACAAAUUCUGGUGUUCUUAUUUCCAGCGGGUUUAUACUUUUGCUUCUCCAAGUUGACAGAUUCAAAUAUUUUUCUUAUUCUCUAUGGUGCUACCAGUCUUUACUUUGCGGGAGUCAUGGUGCGUUUGAUGUUGGUGCUGGCGCCAGUUAUGUGCAUUUUAGGAGGAAUCGGUGCUUCCGCUUUGUUGCUUACGUAUAUGAAACAAAUUGAAAGUGGAAAAGUCACUGAUAAAAAAUCCAAGAAAUUCGAAAGCAAUUACGUACUGAGAAGUGAAAUCGCCACAUUUUUUGUGAUUAUAAUGUGUGUUCUCUUCUUUUCUUACACUUUCCAUUGCACAUGGGUCACAGUUGAAGCUUAUAGUUCUCCAAGUAUAGUUUUAUCCGCUCGAUCACCUGACGGAGGUCGAAUGAUUUUUGAUGACUUUAGAGAAGCCUACUAUUGGCUCCGUAUGAACACACCAGAAGACGCAAAAGUGAUGUCAUGGUGGGAUUAUGGAUAUCAAAUAACGGCAAUGGCGAAUCGUACAAUUUUAGUGGACAAUAAUACUUGGAAUAAUACUCAUAUAUCGAGAGUUGGUCAAGCAAUGGCAAGUUCUGAAGAAAAAGCUUUUGAAAUUAUGAGAGAGCUGGAUGUGAAUUAUGUACUUGUGAUUUUUGGUGGUUUGACAGGUUAUUCUUCGGAUGAUCUAAACAAGUUUCUUUGGAUGGUGAGGAUUGCCGGUAGUACAGAAAAAGGAAAAUCAAUAAGUGAAUGGGAUUAUUAUAAUCCUGCCGGAGAAUUUAGAGUUGAUAAAGAAGGAACACCCACUUUGCUGAACUGCCUUAUGUACAAAAUGUGCUAUUAUCGUUUUGGUCAAGUGUAUACAGAAGGAGGAAAACCAUCUGGAUACGAUAGAGUUAGAAAUAUGGAAAUUGGAAAUAAAGACUUUGAAUUGGAAACACUAGAAGAAGCGUACACAACGGAACAUUGGCUAGUUAGAAUCUAUAAAGUGAAAGAUCUUAAGAAUAGAGGUAUUUGAAGUGACUCUCGAAAGUUUCUCUUUUCUGAAUAAAAGAGACUUCUGUCUUAUCAGAAACAAUAUGUCUUAUUUUUUACAAGUAUGAAAAUCAAGUUUUACUAUGAGUUUUUAAGCACAAAAGUGAUAGUUCUGAAUAAUUCUUCAAUCAUGCUUAGCUUUUUUUUACAGCUGAGUGUUUUUUUAAGUAAAUUGUUAAUGACUUUUUAAUCAAGUUUUCCAUUUAUCUUUUUAUAUUUAGUCAGCAUCCUAAUAUUAAAAAAUGUAUAAUUUUUAUAAAAAACAGAUUUAUAUUUUGCACAAGGCAAUAAUGGUGAGAUGGUUUAUAGCUUGUAAGUAUAAAAUUGUUUCGAAUACAGAAAAUAUGAUAUCUUCUAUUUUCUCUGAAUGAUUGAAAUGCGCGAGGUUUUUAAUAACAUGUGAGAAGAUAUGAAAAAUUAAAGUUUAAUGAUAUUCUCUUACCUACGAGUGAUGGGGAAAAAAAUUUUUUUUUCACCGAACGAUGUAAGCAAGUAAUAAAUAAAGAGGAAGAAAAUUAAUAAUUA